AUGCCGAGUAAUAAAUGGAUAACAGAUCUAAAAACUACUCUUCAAGUUGCCAAAGCUCGUCUUGACGUACGAGAAAAGAAAAAAACAGAACAUGUUGCAAAAGAACGCUAUACAGUUGCCGAUUAUGUACGAAACAAUAAAGCAGCUCGAGGACGAAUCGCUGUUGAACAUCUUGUUCGAGAAGAUUAUAAAAUCGAAGCCAUGGAUCGAAUUGAAGCUUACAUUGAUACACUACUUAUGAGAAUAACGUUAAUUAAAGAUCGUCCGAAAAAUGGAGCCGUUGAUCCAGCUGUUGAACAACCAUUAGCAAAUAUUUUAUGGGCAGCACCAUUUCUUGCACAAGAUAUACCUGAACUUGGUCAAAUCACAUUAAUGUUUAAGAAACUUUUUGGAGCCGAUUAUGUAACAGCAUGUGAACAGAAUAAACUUAGCUUAGUUGACGUGGAUUUAUUACGAUGCUUAAGCUGUGAUAUUAUACCAAAGUUAUUGAUAGAAAGAUAUUUAGUUGAAAUAUGUCGAAGUCAAAAUGUUCCAUUCGAACCUGAUCAAACUAUCAUGGCACAGGAUCAAUUUUGGACUAUAGGACAACGCUAUCUUCAAAGUGAACCUGUUAACGAUGAAAAACGACCACCUCUACCACCACCACCACCACCACCACCACCACCAUCAUCAUCAUCAUCAUCAGGUGGAAAAGCCAGUGAAGCAAGUCAUUCGAGUACACAAAAUAUUUAUGCAGCACAACCAACUGCACCGCAGUUUGAAAAACCACCUCCAACUUACUCAGCACGACAACCUCAAUAUCCAAAUAUUAAUUUUGGCCCAUCAAUUCCACCACCACUGCCAUCGGCAUCAUCAAAUGCACCUCGUAUUGGUUUUAAUAUUGAUAGUGAUGCUAAAGCACCAUUUAUCGAUCCAUUCCCUCAAGUACCUAGCGCACAUGAUCGUUUUACUCCUACACCACCACCUCCAGCAGCCGAUAACCGUUCGGAUGAUCCUGGUUUUGAUGAUUUAGCUCGUCGAUUUGAAGAGUUGAAAAAGCGAAAAUAA